AUGGCCGAUGGCGCCUCGAGAAUGCAGUGGGAUAUAUCUGCAAAAUGCACCGAUGACGAGCUCCAUAGGAAGAAGCUCCCGAUCCUUUGCGUCUCAUUCAAUGGGGAGACCGUGCUUACGAGCUCCUCAAAGUCCACAGUGAAGCUCUGGAAAGUGGGAGAUGGGCUCAGUGCCCAAGGCUCCCUUGCAGGCUUAGCAGGGGGAGCAGCUGCCCCGAGCUCUCUGGAUUCCUUCAAGGAUAGGGCGUGUGUCUGCACCCUGGAUGGCCAGAUCCUUCUCUGGGACCUACGGAAUCCGCAGGAACCGCCCAACCAACUGGACAUGACACUGACGACUCAGGGAGGUUUAAUACGCUUUCUACCCGAUGGCAACCGACUGGUCACCGGUGGGAUUUCUGGGAAGCUGGUUGUUUGGGAUCUGCGACAGGGAAGGAUCGAACGAGAGAUAGCUCCGUACGCUCCUAGGAAUGGCAAUGCAGAGGAGCGGCCGAGCAAGAUUCGUCGCAUCUCAGCAGUGCCUUACGGUGGCCCCAUCACAGCCUUAGGUGCUAGUCCCGACGGUCAAAUGCUGGCCUGUGGCCGAAGUUCAGGCGGGUUUAGGGGUUUAGCGUUCGGGGUUUAG